CUCUCUGCAGUCAACAAUCGCGUGUUCUCCUUCUCGAAGGAAUCGGAAGAGCUAUUUGCCAAGUUUAAGCUUGUGCUCACAGAUAUUAUCAACGGCGCACCUACCGCCUAUAAUGAUCUAGAAAAGCUCUUCACCGAAUACGACACGCAGUUGAAGAAGAUGUAUGGAAACCUACCCCCAUUCUUGCAAAAUAUGGUCAAGAGCUUGCCCGCGAAGAUGACGGCCACCCUAGGCCCAGAGCUGAUGGCAGCGUCGGCGGAGAAGCCAGGGUUUGAUGCCAAACAAGCGGGUGAUGCGGCCGGUAAAGCCAAGUUGAAAAUGCCGAAGGUCCCAUCGUUAAAGAACCUGCUAUCAGCGGAGGGUGCCGUUGCUGCCAUGCUGAGAAGCAUUCUUAACUUCUUGAAGUUGCGCUUUCCAGCGUUGCUGACGGGCACAAAUGUCCUCAUGAGCUUAGCUGUCUGCUUACUACUCUUUGUGUUCUGGUAUUGCCAUAAGCGCGGCCGUGAAACCCGCCUCGAAAAGGAACGCGCUGCAACUGAAGAUGGAUCUGGACCUGCCAGUAGCGCUGCGUCUUUGGCGGAUGAUAACGAUUCAAUCUUUGGAAACAAGAGAGUCGUUGAGGGAGAGAGUAGCAAGGGUGCGACCUCAGCUGACAAGCAGGAUACCGCAGUCGAUGCUUCUAAGCCGCAGGAACCAGCGCCAAAGGUUGAAGACAUGCCUAGUGUGAAGGACCUACCAGAUCCUGGAAAGGGGAAAGAGAAGGCGUAACCAUGUUUGGUGACAAGGUGUGGGCUCAAAUUGGAGUGUUUUUUUUUUUCAGCUUCAGGAUGAUAUCCCUUUUGUGUAUCAAUUGU